AUGGCCUCCAUCUUCCUGGGCUUCCUCUCCGACUCCUCCGCCCCCGAACCCGCCGCCUCCCCCGACGUGACCAUCUGCGGCAUUCACAUAUGGCUGACUCUGCUCUCGACUAUCAACGAAGAAAUGACCGACCGACAACUUCAGCGCGCCCUCUCCGACGUCCAGCUCUACGGCACCAUCAAGGACCUCAUGCGCUCUAACGGCGUCGUCAAAUCCUUCGCCGACACCUGGUUCCAACUCCUGUCCAUAUUCCACGACAAACGCGCCGACGUCACCAUCGAAACUCUAACCGUCAUCACCUCCUACAUCUCCUGGAUCGACAUCCAACUCAUCGCCAACGACCGGUUUCUCCCCCUCCUCCUCAACCUCAGCCGCGUCCCCGUCUAUCAGACCAAGGUCCUCAACUGCUACCGCGAGCUCCUCGCCAAAGGCAUGGCCCGCGACCCCUGCUCCAAGCUCGAAAUCAUGUACGUGCUCAACCUGCCAUACAUAUUCUCCAUCGAGUCCACCGACCCGGACGUCGUCGAACACAUCGCCAAAAUGGUCAACAUCACCGGCCUGGAAGUGCUCGGCAUCUAUCGCUCACUCACCGGCCAAGAUGCCUUCGACCCGUCCUCCAAGUAUGGCAAAAUCGCCUCCGAUAUGUUCUCCCUCUGUCUCAACAGCAUGCCCACCUACCUCAGUAGUAGCGACAAAGAGGUCAGCAGGUCCGUCCUCGAAUUCGCCCUCUACUACGUCAAGUUCCUCAAAAGAGAAAAGGCCUCCGAAUCUAGCGCGUCCAUCGAGCGCGUUCAAAUUCUAAUCCACGUAUCCUUCCAACAAAUGAAAUACGACCCCUCCUACCAGUUCAACGACUCCAAACACGAAUUCGAAUCCUUCAGAAAGGAAUUCGCCGCCCUCUUCAAACACCUCGUCCAACUCAACUCUUCUCUCGUCUUUUCCUAUAUCGGCACUCAGCUAACCCGCCUGCCUCAAAUCGACGACCCAUUCGAACUAGAACUCAUCCUCUACGCCCUCUGCCUCCUCACCAACGGCACCCUCGACCAAACUCAGUCGACCUUCCUCCUCGACGCCAUCAGACUCUUCGUCCACCACAGCUGCCGAUUCCUAAGCAGCGACCCUCCACCCUUCUUCGCUCUCACAACGCAAUUCUUCCUGUGCGUCUCUAAGUACUCCAAGCUGCUGGACGACGCCCCAGACCUCCUCCCCCCCCUGCUCGUCCUCUGGACGGGCGAAUACGGCAUCCUGCACCGCGACCCCUCCUGUCGCUCCGUCCACUGCAAGGAAUUCGCCCACUUCUCGAAAACCCUCAGGUACCCCCUUCAACCCUACGUCGUCGACGUCGUCGUGUCCCUCAAGGACAAGCUCACUCUGCAGCAGCACUCCUACCAAGUACUCACCUUCGACGAGCAACUCGAACUCCUCGAAGUCUUGGGCAUCCUCAUGGGCAUCCUCUGGAACCAAACUCACGCCAAGGGACAAGACACAAUCCAAAUCCUCCAACUAGUCGGCCUGCUCAUGGACCCAAUCGAAGAGCAAAUCGUCCACGUCCUAAAAAAAAACCUCUACCUGGAAGACAGCGAUUCCAACGCCUUCUACAAAGCCCACCUCGACCACCUAAUUCGAGCGUUCGGCACUUUCUUGAAAGGAUUCACCACCAGCAAUGCCCACCACCUCAGGAAGAAAGGCAGGAGGAAAAACAAAUCGGCCCCCUCCAACAACGACCAAACGAACGAUCCAACCACCCCGAGACCCACAACCGGGACCGAAACGGACAGUCCCGGCCCAAACAAGGCGGACGAAGCCCAAUACGAACCCUUCUUCGAACCACCUCCCUGCUUCGAAAGAGUUUCCAACUACGUUCUCGAAUGCCUAGAAUCCAUGGGAAAUUUCGACAUCAUACGCUCCGCAGCCCUCUUUUACUUCCAUCGAAUAUCCGUCUGCAUCCCCUGCGAGCGACUCCUCCCUUUACUGUGUCGCUCCUACUACAAGUUCCUAGAAAAGCCCGUCGCCACCAGCGGAAACUCUCUCAUCUCCAUGUGCGAGAGCGUCGCAAAGUACCUUCACUUUCUAACUAAACUACUCGCCAUGUACGACCAAAACAUGCGGCCGUUAGUCGAAGCCCAAUUCCCCUACCUGUUUUGCACCGUCGUCUCGCUGAUCGCCGACGCUGAAUCCCAAGUAACCCCCAAAAGCGACGAAGAACUCGACCUAAACGACUUCAAGCGCCAGUACUACUUGUUCCUGCUGAAAGUCAUCGAGGCCGGCCUCGCAGACGUCUUCGCUUCCAACAAAACCCAGCUGUCCGACUUGUUCAACACGCUGUCCGCCGGGUGUCGCGCCACGAACGACCCCGUCAUUCAAAAAUACGCCUUCCAAGUAUGCAACGCCCUAGCCUCUCAAUGGCUGGGAGAAACAAAAUCAAACAACUUCGCCGGUCUGUCGUUUCCACCCAACUUUCUAACAAACUGCUACCAAAACCCAGACUGCGCCUCCCAACUGGCUUUCUAUCUAAUCCAGCACGUCUUUCCAAUGAGUCUCCAAAUGGUCGUGAACCCACUGUUUCACCUUCAGGACGCCAAGACCAACGAAGUGCUGUACGAAAUAUCGACCCUAGAAAAGCACUUUUAUGUCACUUUUCAACAAGAAUUCGAAAAACUGGUACAACACUGGCUCCUCGCCCUGGUCCCGAACUGCACCGAGACCGACGCCACUCAAUACAUCCACGCUCUCAGAGCGACAACGACGGUCAACCAAUUCAAAUCAUUCAAGUUGAAGUUCCUCACCUACUACCGGUCGCUGUGAGCUCCCCCACCCGCCGUUAAAAAAAAAGCACCACAAGGGGCGGCCCCCCGCGUCUCCCUCUCGCGCCCACAAACAGAACGAAAACCCCCCACCUCCGACUUUUUGAGGCUACUUCCGCACCGCGUGAACGCGGCGGAGGGGCGCCGCACGUCUCCACCCCGCGAAGCGCAGUCCGAGACACGCCCCGUCCAAGGCAAAAUAAAAAUAUGUCAAAAAGUCCUGAUUGAGGAUUUGUUCAUA